AUGGCUCCAAGACUUCCCCUGUCAAAGCUACAUCUCAUCCGUGAUAUGAUAGAGAGCCAGUCACUAAGCACGUCUCAAAUGGCUGAAGAAGCUGAAUGCAGCAAGGUUACGAUCAUCAAUAUUCGCAGGAACUUACGGCAGUUCGGAAAUGUCCACGCACCACCAAAUCGAAUAGGCCGGAGACGGACCGUAACGCCGCCGAUGAUCGAGGCCCUCUGCGACCACCUGUCUGAAAAGCCUGGUCUCUACCUAGAUGAGAUGGCUGUCUUUCUCUGGGAUGAGUUCCACACACUAGCCACAACCUCCAGCAUCAGAAGAGCCCUUGUCGCUAGAGGUUGGUCGAAAAAGACUGCUCGGCAGCAAGCCAGGGAGCGAAAUGGUGACUUAUGA